UUUUGCCUUUCGCAAUUCCCGUUUCUCAGAUUUUUCGUUGUUCUCUUGAAAUCUUCGAUUCCCAAAAUCGAAGGAACAAAUCCUCGAAUUUCCUCUAAUUUCUUCGCUCCCCAGCUUCGUUUCUCUUCUUUGUUUUGGCCAAUUAAUUUUGUUAUACAAGCCUCGGAUUUUGGGCUCGGUUUCUUUUUGCUGCUCUAUUCGAAACCCUAACCCUAGUUUCGCAUUCUCCAAGUCAGUGUGCGGCCGCCGCAGAUGCAAUAAGCCUAAUUUGCCUUCGAAGCCUGGGGAUCCUGGGCUGAAAAUAAUAGGAAAUUGUCUGCAGAAUUCGGCAACAAUAGUUCCUAAAUGGCUGAUCAUCGGGGUGCAAAUGGCCAGCAUCCAAACGGGACAGCUCCUGAAUCAGGAAACACUUACUCUAUUAAUCUGGACAAUUUCAGCAAACGUCUGAAGGCUAUGUAUUCGCACUGGAAUGAAUACAAAGCGGAGCUCUGGGGCUCUUCUGAUGUUGUUGCAGUAGCUACACCGCCACCUUCAGAAGAUCUGCGAUAUUUGAAAUCAUCAGCUCUAGACAUUUGGUUGCUAGGUUAUGAGUUUCCUGAGACUAUAAUUGUUUUCACAAAGAAGCAGAUUCAUUUCUUGUGUAGCAUGAAGAAAGCUUCUCUUCUUGAAGUUGUGAAGAAAUCUGCUAAGGAGGCUGUGGGGGCUGAUAUUGUGAUGCACGUGAAGGCAAAAAGUGAUGGUGGAAUUUCGUUGAUGGAUGCUAUAUUUAAGUCCAUCAGGGUACAAUACAAGGGAUUUGAAAAUGAUGCUCCUAUUUUUGGUCACAUUGCUCGAGAAGCUCCUGAAGGAAAGCUUUUAGAGACAUGGGCUGAACAACUAAAAAGUUCUGGCUUUCAGCUUACUGAUGUAACCAAUGGUUUAUCUGACCUGUUCGCUGUGAAAGACAAAGAAGAGGUUAUGAAUGUCAAGAAAGCUGCGUAUUUAAGUUACAAUGUGAUGAACAAUAUUGUGGUUCCAAAACUUGAGAGUGUGAUUGAUGAGGAGAAGAAAAUUACUCAUGCUGCCUUGAUGGAUGAAACUGAGAAAGCCAUAGUGAAUCCUCAGCUAGCCAAAGUAAAACUUAAGCCAGAGAAUGUUGAUAUUUGUUAUCCUCCCAUAUUUCAAAGUGGGGGUGAGUUUGAUCUCAGACCUAGUGCUGCAAGCAAUGAUGAGAAUCUUUACUAUGAUUCUGCCAGUGUUAUCUUAUGUGCAGUUGGAGCUCGUUAUAACAGUUAUUGCUCAAAUAUUGCCAGGACUUUCUUGAUCGAUGCCACUCCAGUUCAGAGCAAAGCAUAUGGGGUUCUUCUUAAGGCCCAUGAAGCUGCAAUUGGUGCAUUAAAGCCUGGGAGAAAGUUUAGUGCUGCGUAUCAAGCUGUAUUUUCAAUUGUUGAGAAGGAGGCUCCUGACUGGAUUCCCAAUCUAACAAAAUCUGCUGGGACAGGAAUUGGUCUUGAGUUUCGCGAGUCGGGGCUUAAUCUCAAUGGGAAGAAUGAACGUUUGGUCAAAGCAGGAAUGGUUUUCAAUGUGUCACUUGGUUUUCAGAACUUGCAGUGUCAGAGUAAGAAACCAAAGAGCAGUAAUUUCUCUCUCUUACUUGCUGAUACAGUCAUAGUUGGUGAACAAAAUACUGAAGUGGUGACUGGCAAAUGUUCCAAGGCUGUUAAGGAUGUGGCUUACUCGUUCAAUGAAGAUGAGGAGGAAGAGGAAAAGUCUGUGAGGGCUGAAACUAAUGGCUUUGAGCCGUUUAUGUCGAAGACAGUGCUUAGAUCAGAUAACCAUGAGAUCUCUAAGGAGGAGUUGCGGAGGCAGCACCAAGCAGAACUUGCUCGUCAGAAAAAUGAAGAAACAGCUAGGCGACUUGCGGGUGGACCUGGGAAUGGAGACAACCGUUCAGUUGCAAAGGCUUCAACUGAUUUGAUAGCCUAUAAAAAUGUGAAUGACCUGCCUCCUCCCAGAGAUUUUAUGAUUCAAGUUGACCAAAAGAAUGAGGCUGUCCUCUUGCCAAUUUAUGGUAGUAUGGUACCUUUCCAUGUGGCUACUAUAAGGACAGUUUCCAGCCAGCAGGAUACCAAUCGGAAUUGCUUUAUCCGGAUUAUAUUUCAUGUUCCAGGGACUCCUUUUAGCCCUCAUGAUUCAAACUCUCUAAAGAAUCAAGGAGCAAUCUAUCUAAAAGAAGUCUCAUUCCGCUCCAAAGAUCCAAGGCACAUAAGUGAAGUGGUACAGCAGAUUAAAACACUUCGUCGGCAUGUUGUGGCCAGGGAAUCUGAGAAGGCUGAGAGAGCGACCUUGGUUACCCAGGAAAAACUUCAACUUGCAGGGAACAGGUUCAAGCCUAUACGGCUAUCUGACCUUUGGAUACGUCCUGUUUUUGGUGGCCGUGGGAGAAAGAUUCCAGGAACACUUGAAGCCCAUGUUAAUGGAUUCCGGUAUUCUACCACUAGAGCUGAUGAGCGUGUAGACAUCAUGUAUGGAAACAUAAAGCAUGCAUUCUUCCAGCCUGCUGAGAAGGAGAUGAUCACUCUCCUUCACUUUCAUCUGCACAACCACAUAAUGGUCGGAAACAAGAAAACCAAGGAUGUACAAUUUUAUGUUGAGGUUAUGGAUGUAGUACAGACAUUGGGAGGGGCAAAGAGAUCUGCUUAUGACCCAGAUGAAAUUGAAGAAGAGCAAAGGGAGAGGGAUAGGAAGAAUAAGAUCAACAUGGAUUUUCAGAGUUUUGUGAAUCGGGUAAAUGAUCUUUGGGGGCAGCCUCAGUUUAAUGGUCUUGAUCUUGAGUUUGAUCAGCCUCUUAGAGAACUUGGCUUCCAUGGGGUCCCGUACAAGGCCUCGGCUUUUAUCGUUCCAACCUCAAGCUGUUUGGUUGAGCUGGUAGAGAAUCCUUUCCUUGUGGUGACCUUAAGUGAAAUUGAGAUUGUCAACCUGGAGAGAGUUGGCCUUGGGCAGAAAAAUUUUGACAUGACCAUUGUCUUUAAGGACUUCAAGAAAGAUGUACUCAGGAUUGAUUCCAUCCCUUCAACCGCACUUGAUGGCAUCAAGGAAUGGCUGGAUACGACAGACAUCAAGUAUUAUGAGAGCAGGCUGAAUCUGAAUUGGCGGCAGAUUCUGAAGACAAUCACUGAUGAUCCACAGAGCUUCAUUGAAAAUGGGGGUUGGGAAUUUUUGAACUUGGAAGCUAGUGAUUCUGAUUCGGAGGAUGAAGAGGAAUCAGAUCAGGGUUAUCAGCCAUCUGAUGUGGAGCCUGAAUCCGAGUCAGAGGAUGACGUCUCUGAUAGUGAGUCAUUGGUAGAGUCCGAGGAUGAAGAGGAAGAAGAAUCCGAGGAAGAGUCUGAGGAAGAAAAGGGGAAGACAUGGGAGGAGUUGGAGAGGGAAGCAAGCAAUGCAGACAGGGAGAAGGGGAACGAAUCGGACAGCGAGGAGGACAGGAGGAGAAGGAAAAUGAAGGCUCUUGGUAAAUCUCGAGCUCCUCCUAGUAGUUCAAUUCCCAAACGUUCCAAGCUGCGGUAGAUGUGAUAUUAUAUUUCCAGUUGAUUUUAAAUGUCUAGACAUAUGAUUUAGUAGCAGCAGCUGGUAUUUUAGAAGAAAGUAGUUGUCUAACAUAUAGCUCUUAAGUGUGGUAUGUAGUAUUUAUGCUACUAGGAUCAUGUUCCGAUAUAUUGGUGGGCAUCAUUUAAUGGGAGUAAACGUUUUCUUUAA